AUGGUCAAACAGUCUUGCAAACCCGUGUUGAUAACUUGUCGGUAAAUACACGGGCAAAUAGUCAGCUGAUCGAGUAUGGACAAUUGCAGUUAGGGCGUUGUUAGCUCGUUAAGGCCAACACUCAAGAUAUACGGGUUUCCAUAUGCAAUAAACCGAAACAAUUGACCUCAUGGUAAUGAAAAAAAAUUAUCGUUCAGUAUUUCAAAUUAAAUGAACGUUGGGAUCGACCAACUAAUCGUAAUUGAAAAUUACGUGGGUACGUAAGCUAGUUUAAACAUGCCCAGAAACUAUUCGCCUUUCAAUUUUUACUUCAGCCCCGCCGCAGAAAUUCCCAAAAGAGGUAACCCUCGGAUUUUUUUUUUCUUAUUUUCAUAAAAUUUACUAUUUUCCUAUUGUUUGGGGAUUUUUACAUACUCAUUAAGGCUUCAAAAAUAGCAGCUUGUUUUCUUUUUUUCCUUAGAAUUGUGAAACAAGAUAAGAUGAAUUCCAUUACUCUGGUUGCCAUUCUUCUUGUUGGUUGCGCCGUGGUCAGUGAAGCAGGGUUGACAUGCCCAUGUAAGAUCAAAAUGUUUUUUCCAAUUUAUUUUUUCGCAACCAGCUAGACGCAGUUUAUUUCCUUGCACUCCAUGUCAAGAGUUUUACAGGCGACAGCAAAAUUAUUGUGAAAAAGUCCUCACGUCACAAAAGCAACAUAGAGAAAUUCAAGAAAAUUUCGUAUGAACACGGAAUAGCCGAUCUUGUUUGUUAUUAUUAUAAUAACUGUUAUUUAUUUAUUUAUUUUUACCCUUGUUGGUGAUUAGAUAAAUUUCACCACAGAAUAGUACUGCUUCUGAACUUUCGCACAAUUUACCAAGACAGCUUGAGUAUUGAGAUGCUAGAACUGACUGCGCAAGGCGAUAUUAUACUUAAAACUAGUCUUUCUGGAAUUUAUAUUAGACCACUUUUAUAUUUUGGAUCCUAAUUCUGUUGUACUGAUGAUGCGUUGAUAUAUCUAGGUUUCCCGAGUAAGAGUUCUGGAAGGAUGUUAGUGGUUAGUAUUACACCUGCACACUCUUUUAGUUUUUUGUUUUGUUUCAUUGUUAAAAACACUAAUCAAUCAUAAUUUGAUUUGAAUUUUGGAUAAUUACUUGCUACAAACUUUUUAAACUUGAAGUUAACUAAAAUCCUACAAGACAGCCAUGUCACAAAAUCUACCCCCAUCCCCGGCCCCGAUCGGAAAAUCGACUUCGAGUCAAUCGUGGGAUUAUGUAUUUGUUUGUACACCAUAUGUAUAAUCUGAAGUAAGUUAAAAGGUUUGGUAAUUGUACUUUUCUCUCUUUAUAGUUCGUCAAGCACCUAUUUGUCGACAUGCCUUAUAAUCUGGAUUUGAAACUUCAGCGUUUUCAAAGUGAUAUGAAGAUUUACACCAAGACAAGCAGAUAUCCGUUGCGCGUCAAUUUGAUCAUUGACUACAAAACCGUAUGUGAAUAUACAUACAUUUACUUUUUAAAAAACUUCAUAACAAAAACCAGACAUUUUCGCACAUAAUGAAGCAAUACAAAACGUCUUACCUAAAUUAAGCGCGAAAAUUCAGAGAUCGUAUCAUAACUAUUUGAAGUGAGUUUUACACUGUGAUGUAAAUGAUACUUAGUCGUAUUCCGGUUUUAAAAUGUGAGUUUAUUGAUGAAUAUAAAGAUUAUUAAAAUGGACAUGAGAAAUAGGAUUAAAAAGAUUGAAGGUUGAGGUUUAAGUGGGCAUUCAGUUGAUGGCACGUGAGUUUUUGGGUGACGUUGAUUGGAAAUAAGAGAAGAACAGAGGUUAAUUUCAUGGGCCACUGAUGAAAAUCGAUUGUGAUAGCAGUUUCUUACAGUGCGUCCCUUGCACAUCUCCCAUAAUGCACCUUCUUUGCCCCUCUGCCCCUCCUCCCCCCCAAAAAUUGCAUAACCCUUGUUUUUCAUUUCUCCUGGUAUUACAGCCGUCCCAAGAGAAACUGAAAACAAUGCUUAUGCGAAAUUUUUGGGGCAAAUAAGGUACAUUACGAGAGAUGCACAAGUUGGCGAAUGAUAAAGGUAUAUUUAAUCGUUUUAUUGACAAGCGCUGACAUUAAUACCUUCAGUAAUAUUUCGCUAUGUUUGGUAUCAUUUCAUAGAAAAGAAAAUACUUGCUUGUUCACGGAAGGUGCUUUGUGUUACAAUACGAAGAGGAAAUCCCAGGUGCUGACCAGUUGAAAUUUUUGAAGCUCAUAGCUAAGGGAAGGCUGGGAAUGGUCGGAGCCGAAGUCGGCGUUUACAUCUUCAAAAAGGGUUUAGGUAAGUAGAGAAGACACUGGGAAGAGGAAAUUAAAGAAACUGAAAAACCAAAAGUACUAAAAUCAAGGAACAAAACUUUCAAACUUUCUUGUGUGAAGUACCCUUUUACAGUCAGUCUUAAGUAAACAAACAAACUUCCAUCCAUUGAUUCAAACAAUAAACUUAUAACGAGUUUUGCAUUCUUGCAUCACACAUUCAGAUGGCCGAGAAACGAGGCGAAGCCAGAGUUUCUUCGAUCGACCUUAGGUGUAAGAAUAACAUAUAUUAUUAACUAAAUCAAGAAGUACGAACAAAGGAAAGCACUACCG